CUGUACAAUCUAAAGUGGACUGCAUCUUGCAAGAAGUUGAGAAGUUUACAGACCUAGAGAAACUCUACCUCUACCUUCAGCUGCCUUCUGGUCUCAGCAAUGGAGAGAAAAGUGAUCAGAAUGCCAUGUCAUCGAGCCGGGCACAGCAAAUGCAUGCCUUUUCUUGGAUUCGGAAUACCCUGGAAGAACAUCCUGAGACUUCCCUCCCCAAACAGGAAGUCUAUGAUGAGUACAAGAGCUAUUGUGACAAUCUUGGUUACCAUCCCUUAAGUGCUGCUGACUUUGGAAAGAUCAUGAAAAACGUCUUUCCAAACAUGAAGGCACGGCGUUUGGGCACUAGAGGCAAAUCUAAAUAUUGCUACAGUGGACUAAGGAAAAAAGCUUUUGUUCAUAUGCCAACACUGCCCAACCUUGACUUUCACAAAACUGGAGAUGGGUUGGAGGGCACUGAACCUUCUGGGCAGCUUCAGAAUAUUGAUGAGGAAGUUCUGUCUUCUGCUGGCCGACUUGUGUGUGAAUGGGCCCAGAAGGUGUUAAGCCAGCCAUUCGACACAGUCUUGGAGUUAGCCCGCUUCCUUGUAAAAAGUCACUAUAUAGGUACCAAGUCAAUGGCAGCACUGACUGUCAUGGCAGCAGCACCAGCAGGAAUUAAAGGAAUCACCCAGCCUUCUGCUUUUAUACCUACGGCGGAAAGUAAUUCCUUUCAGCCGCAAGUGAAGACUUUGCCAUCCCCAAUUGAUGCUAAACAGCAAUUGCAACGGAAAAUCCAAAAAAAGCAGCAAGAACAGAAACUACAAUCCCCUUUGCCAGGAGAUUCCCCAGCAAAAAAAUCAGAAGGCACUUCCACCAAUGGAGUGGCUAAUCUUCCCAAUGGAAACCCAGCGAUCCUUUCUCCUCAGCCCAUCGGCAUUGUUGUGGCAGCUGUCCCCAGCCCCAUUCCGGUCCAGCGGACCAGGCAGUUGGUAACUUCACCAAACCCAAUGAGUUCUUCUGAUGGCAAAGUCCUCCCCCUCAACGUACAGGUGGUCACUCAGCACAUGCAGUCUGUGAAACAGGCACCAAAGACCCCUCAGAACGUUCCGGCCAGUCCUGGCGGGGACCGUUCUGCCCGCCACCGUUACCCUCAGAUCUUACCCAAGCCAGCCAGCACCAGUGCGCUCACCAUCCGCUCUCCAACCACCGUCCUCUUUACUAGCAGUCCCAUCAAAACCGCUGUGGUGCCCGCGCCACAUGUCAGUUCUCUAAACGUGGUGAAAAUGACAACAAUAUCCCUCACACCCAGCAGCAGCAAUGCCCCUCUCAAACCUUCUGCCUCAGUCAGCAGUGCUCCAGGAGCGACAGAAGAAUCCAGGAGCAUCCCCCAGAUCAAGAAUGGCUCUGUUGUUUCUCUUCAGUCUCCUGGGUCCAGGACCGGCGGCACUGGGGGAACUUCUGCUGUGGAAGUCAAAAUGGAACCUGAAGGAUCAUCAGAUGAGCAUCCCCCGCCAUGCCAAGAGAACUCUGAUGGGACUAAAGCCCCCCAGACAGCGCCCAGUGUGCUUUCGGGGCAGAAAAGCAAUGCAGAUGGAAUGGGACAGAAGCCCUCAAGUGAAGGUGUUGCUGAGGGGAAAGCGGCAACCAAGGCCUGCGACCAGAGGACCAAAUGUAAAAGUCGCUGUCAUGAAACCCUGCCGGGCGCCUCACCAGGCAAUAAUCAAAGCACUGUCACGCUCUCAGUUGCUACUCAGAACUUACCUUUCACCAGCACCAGCUCACCAACCAAUGGUGACGCAAUAAAUAAAGACUCUAAAUUAUGCACUAGAAGUCCCAGAAAACGACUGUCUUCUACACUGCAAGAGUCCCAGGUGCCUCCUGUCAAGAAACCAAUCGUGGAACAGCUUUCCGAAGUUGUCAUGGAAGAUCAGAAACCGGGCAGUGUUAAGAACGACCAAAAGGUUCCACAUUCAGGUAAAACUGAAAGUUCAACAGCAGGUGCUCCAAUUCCUACCACACUGUCAGUCAGUAUCGAGUCACACAUGGUAGAAAAUCAGCCCUUGAGUUCUUCUGCUCUUACUGCCAGCGAUUCUACUCUGGAACAGCAAAUAACACCAUCCUCAUCUCCAGAUAUAAAAAUAAAACUUGAAGGGAAUGUCUUUCUCUUGGACCGUGAUGGCAGCUUUAAUCCAAAUGAAUGGCAGCAAGUCCCCAAGGAUUCUGAGUUCAUGUCUGGCAGCUGCGAACCACAGCAAGAUAUCAGUGUUAUGGCAAUUGCCGAGCACUCUGAUAUCCACGAUUUAGAGAAAUCUGUUUGGGAAUUGGAAGGAAUGCCGCAGGAGACAUACAGUCAGCAGCUACAUAGCCAGAUACAAGAAUCUUCUUUGACUCAAAUACAAGCACAGUCUUCAGAUCAGUUACCUCUGCAGUCUGAAUUGAAAGAGUUUGAGCCUUCUGUUUCCCAGACAAAUGAGAGCUACUUCCCUUUUGAUGAUGAACUGACACAAGACAGCAUUGUGGAAGAGCUGGUGCUUAUGGAGCAGCAGAUGUCAAUGAACAGUUCCCACUCUUACGGUAACUGCUUGGGAAUGGCCCUUCAGAGUCAGUCAGUUACUCCAGGAGCGCCAAUGUCAUCUCAUGCCUCCAGCACGCACUUCUACCAUCCGAUCCACAGCAAUGGCACUCCAAUUCACACGCCCACCCCCACCCCCACUCCAACCCCAACAUCUGAGAUGAUUGCUGGGUCUCAGAGUCUGUCACGGGAGAGCCCAUGCUCCAGGCUGGCUCAGACUACACCUGUGGAUAGUGCUUUAGGAAGCAGUCGACAUACACCCAUUGGUACUCCACACUCAAACUGCAGUAGCAGCGUCCCCCCCAGCCCCGUUGAAUGCAGGAAUCCAUUUGCAUUCACCCCAAUAAGCUCCAGUAUGGCAUAUCAUGAUGCCAGCAUUGUCUCCAGCAGUCCUGUGAAACCAAUGCAGAGGCCCAUGGCCACACACCCUGAUAAGACCAAGCUUGAAUGGAUGAAUAAUGGGUAUAGCGGGGUGGGUAGUUCGUCAGUUUCUGGCCAUGGCAUUCUCCCCAGCUACCAGGAACUGGUGGAAGAUCGUUUCAGGAAGCCUCAUGCUUUUGCCGUGCCUGGCCAGUCCUACCAGUCUCAGUCCAGACAUCAUGACACUCACUUUGGCCGUUUGACUCCUGUCUCCCCUGUGCAGCAUCAAGGUGCCACUGUGCACAGUACCAACAAGCAGGAGGGGUUCGCGGUCCCCGCCCCACUUGAUAAUAAAGGAACAAAUUCAUCCGCCAGCGGCAACUUCAGGUGUCGGAGCGUGAGUCCUGCUGUCCAUCGCCAACGGAAUCUUAGUGGAAGCACCCUCUAUCCCGUGUCUAAUAUCCCAAGAUCUAAUGUGACCCCCUUUGGAAGUCCAGUCACCCCAGAGGUUCAUGUUUUCACCAAUGCGCACACAGAUGCAUGUGCCAACAACAUAGCUCAGAGAAGCCAGUCGGUUCCCCUGACCGUCAUGAUGCAGACAGCGUUCCCAAACGCUCUCCAAAAGCAGACAAACAGUAAGAAAAUAACCAACGUUCUGUUGAGUAAACUUGAUUCUGACAGCGAUGACGCAAUGAGAGGCUUGGGAAUGAACAACAUGCCCUCCAAUUACACAGCCCGGAUGAAUCUCACUCAGAUUCUGGAAACUUCUACUGUUUUUCCUAGUGCCAACUCACAGAAUAUGAUUGACUCCAGCACUUCUGUUUAUGAAUUCCAAACACCAUCUUACCUCACCAAAAGUAAUAGCACCGAUCAGAUCAGUUUUUCUCCUGGAGAUAAUCAAGCACAAUCUGAAAUUGGAGAACAACCAUUAGAUUUCAAUAGUACUGUUAAAGACCUGCUGAGUGGAGACAGCUUGCAAACCAACCAGCAGCUGGUAGGCCAAGUAGCCUCUGAGCUCAGCAGUACUGCGUCAGAUUUCUCUAGUGACAUCAGGUUGUCUUCUGACCUCUCAGGCAGCAUCAACGAUUUGAACACCUUGGACCCAAAUCUACUGUUCGAUCCAGGUCGCCAGCAGGGACAAGAUGACGAAGCUACACUGGAAGAAUUAAAGAAUGACCCUUUGUUUCAACAGAUCUGCAAUGAAUCCAUGAACUCAAUGGCUUCAUCGGGCUUUGAAUGGAUAGAAAGCAAGGACCAUCCUGCUGUUGAAAUGUUGGGUUAAAUUGUGUUUUAUAAUAUGUAGCACACUGUAUCUAAAGACAUAUGUAUUGUAUUUGUCUUAAUGGAAGUGCCUCCCGCAGCAGAAACACUUACUAUUAAUUGUGACAUUUUUAAAAGCGUUUGCUGCAGAAGUGGUUUCUUCGUCAGUAGGAAAGGAAAUGGUUAGACUCGCCUCAGUUCUGAACACGUUUCUGAAGACAGUAGGCUGUAGAAGAACAAGUAUUAGGUUUUAAAUUUUCUGAUGUUCCCCCAUUUAAUCACAUUGUUUGCUAGUAAAGAAUCGACUUUCCAGGUUUUACAAGAGCAGUCUAGGGCUUUAUUUUAUAUAAGUUUGUUUUAAUUCAUCAGUUGCAUACCCCGAAUUUAGAAAGUAGCAUCAGUUGUAGGAAUAGGGUCUCCUCUUGUCAGCAUUGUUUUGUAGGUAUGAAAUCAUAGGCCCCUCCCCCCACCCCCAUGUGAAGUGUAGACAAGCGAGUCCUCCUCGACACGGAUAAUAUUCAGGUGAUUAUAAAUAUUGAGGCUUGAAGCAUUAAAGCUACUGUAGAAGGAAAAAUCUCUGUAGGACUUUUCUCGGGCUUCAGUACCAUUCACUCCCACAAUGAAGGGCUUACUCAGAAGAUGAUGGGAAAUCAAAAUGCUAAUUUAAGGAAAGUGAAAGCUGCACUAAAAUCUUUAAGAGGAAAACAAGUAGCCAUUUAUAUUUGUGACCUUGCAUUAAUCUGAUUUUAAAACACUGAUUUUAACAUGGAGCUAAUGUGUAUGCGCACACACACACACACACACACACCCUCCAGAUGUUGUCAUUUAAUAGACUGAGCAGAGGCAUAUUGGAAAACUGUUCCAUGUUUCAAGAUUUACUAUAUAGUAGUUGAGAGGGUUUGUAGAAGGAAAGGAAAAGCAUUUUCUUAGUUUCAUCACAAAGGCUGCAUAUACAUAUUGAAAUUUUAUUUAAGAUUUCUUUUUAAAUGUUUUCCCUAUGCUACUCUUUAGUAACCAGCUUUGUUUUUCCUCUUGGGUUUGCUGACUGACUCCUUUGUUCCUCCUGAAUGUGGUAGUAAAAUUUGAUUAUGGGAUCCGCUUAAAAAACAAGCAGGCAGGAGGGAACAUUAAAGCCGAGCAGAAGAAAACAAACAAGCAAGCAUUUCACCACCUAAGGUCUGAAGCCACAAAUCUUUAUAUCUCUGAUAAAACAAAGGGGAUAAUAAUAGUACUUGAAAAAGAGGAACGUUUUAUUACAUGCUUAAUUUAUUUAUUGUGAUAAACACAAUUGCAAAAUAAGCAAAGCACUCAGGAUUUGUUUUAAAAUGUUUCUCUCUAUAGCUCCCAUUUUGUUUUAUAAGUAGUAUUUAUGAAUUUCAUGUUGACACAAAGCUCCUCGCUAGUGGACAGCUCCAUUUAGGUGAGUUUCAAGAUCACCUCUAAAAGAGAUUUUUUAAAUUGACGUUAAGUUUUGAAAGCUAACAUUAAAUCGUUUGCUAUAUAUACUACCUUGAACCUAGCUCUAGCUAAGCUUUUCUUUACCUUAAUUCGUAAACUGAUCAGAAAACUACAAUCAAUGAAUAUUUAAUAGAUGUGAUGAAGGGUUUCAUUUAAUAAGGUUUCGCUGUUGGAUAAAUUUGAAGGUAGGGUAUUAACAUAUUUUGAUAAAUAAAUGGUGCUAGGGUUGGCUCAGAGGUUUAUAUGUCGCUAUGUCCUAGUUAUUGGCAUUUGUAUGUGUUCGCUGUUAACUUGAUUUAAUGCUUUGUUAGAUUGUUUCUAGAUGCUAGGUAUUUCUUCACUGUACAUCGAGACACAGCACUACUGCGCACCAAAGUAUGCAAUACCCAAAGGAAACUGUGUGACUUCUUUUACAAAUGAUGGGAGCCUUUCUAUAUGAGAUACUCUGAAAAGGAGAUUUUUGAGGCCAUUCUAAUCCCUUGUUUACAUUAUUAGCUUCCUACUAAUAAAAAAAAUAAUGAAAAUCUUUUUUGAUAAAAAACAUAUUAGAGAGAGAGAGACUGGAGGAUUUUUACCCACCAUGUAUAGUAUUGCAGCAAACUCUUUGAAUUUGGCUGAAUUCGUCCAGCAAACUUUCUGGGGUUCAUAUAUUGCACUAAAUUUGUUGAACCUGUGGUAGGCACAUCUCUUAGGAUAAAUGCAACCAGUACAAUCCACAGAUUAAACUUUUUAAAUGUGUUUCAUUAUGAAAAAGACAAAAUGUCAUCCAAGUGACAGAUGAAAUUGUCUUAUGUAGCAAUGUGCAUUGAUCUCAAUGAGAUAUUUCUAUUUCUUAUUCUCUUACAUGAGAAUAUUCCAGCAGGAAGAAUUAAGUUUAGUUUGCUUCACCAUGUUAAAUACAUGCUCACAAAUGUGCAUGAGUGUUAUCGACUUAUCUUGUACAGUACUAGGAAUUCCUGUAACCACUUUUCCCCCCCUUGGCUGUAUUGAAACUGGUUCAUUGUUAACCAGGAAAGCAUAGUUAUUCACAAGUUAUUUACUUUUUUUUAUGUUUACUAAUUCUACUUAGUUGUUGAAUACAUUCUUGGAUUCUUUCCAUCAUUUUGAUGUUUCAAACAUUUUGCAUACUGUUUAUCAUGAUAAGACUUCAUGAAGUAAAUAAUUUUGCAUAUAAUUGCAAUAAGCACUGACUUUUGAACUGAAAAGAAGGAAAGUGGGGUUUUUUUGUGUGUGCAGUGCAUCUGAGGUUUCAAAUAAUAGUCUUGUACUACAAUGUGCUUUACUACACCAUAAGAGACAGAAGCAAGCCCUGUUUCAUGUUUUCAUUGAGUGCAAAAGGUCAGACUUCCCCAGUGUUCUGUUGUCUGUUGUACCUGCUGAAAUGACAGUAGUUGAUAUUGCAGUAGCAUUUCAGUUCUCUUUUUUUAUUAAAAGUGCUCAAAAUUGUUUUUUAAAUGUUUUCAAAGAUGAUUAAAGACAUUUUAU